CCAACGGUUUGCUAUUGACCAUCGUUGGAAUGCCAUGGGCAGUGAAGAAGAGCUGGGUCUAUUGGCCGAGUUUGGUGAUGAAGGCGUGCCAUGUUUCGAUGAGGAAGCACGACAUCGCAAUCGCCCCAAGCUGAAAGCUGAGGGACCUGGGACUAGGCCACUCAUUUUGCACGAUGCAGGAGAUGAGGACAGAGCCUCUGCUGGUUUGCAUAUAUUUUGGCAUCGCGCUGGCUGGCUGGUGCUGCUGCUCCUUUGCCAGUCCAGCUCUUCUUUUAUACUUCAAAGAUUCGAGUUUCUUAUCAAAUCACAUCCUACUGUGAUCUAUUUCUUGACUAUGUUGGUGGGCGCUGGUGGAAAUGCUGGUGGUCAAAGUACCGUCUUGGUGGUGAGACGGCUGGCGCUGGCCGCUUGUCAUCGAUCUGAAGGGACGACUGUCAUCUCUUUUCGACGGAUUAUUGCACCGGAGAUUCUGGUGGGUGCGAAACUGGCAGUGGUGCUCUUUGGCGCUGCAUUCUUGCGCUGCAUUAUCUUCAAGGUCUACGGAGCAGAAUGUGUGGCGAUUUGUUUGUCGAUGCUUGUGAUUGUGUUCACCUCCACUGCCCUGGGAGCUGCUUUGCCUUUGUUCCUGAGUCAGAUGGGUGUGGAUCCAGCCCAUGCGGGUGCUACAAUCCAAGUGCCCUUUGGCUGAAAGUAUUGAAGCUCGCUUCUUAAUGACUGUUAAUGAGCCGCCUAUUGCCUAUACUUGCUAUUGCCAAUGCUUGUACAAUUGCUUGCUUCUCCCGAGCCAUCUCGGCUCUGGGAGGCUGAUGGACGUGAGUGGAGUGGCCCUCACUUGUGCACCUUGGCAGCAUUCUUCGCACGGAGAGCCUCUGCACGGCACGGAUCCACACGGCGCAGGUCAUCUCUAGCACCGUUCUGGGAUUUCAGGAAGUCACCUUGCCCGACAAGUCCACCUCCCUCUCUACCAGCAUGCACGGUUCGCUGGAGGUGGUGGUUCGGCAUUCGAGCUCCUUGGGAACGGUUGAAGCGACCAGUGCCCCACCCGGAUAAAGUGGUGGACAUCGCACAAAGAGGCGAUUUUGAUUGCAAGUCUUGAGACCCCAAUUUAAAGAUUUAUUGUUGUAGAUUCUGUAUCACUCAGAUACUCUAUCUUGAUCCGCAAGUCCCAAUAAGGUGAGCUUGCCAUUCCGACUCAGCCAUGUGUGCACUGCAGAAAUAUGCUUGUGCCUUCGUGUAUUGAUCUG